AUGUACCCAGUAUCCGUGGUCCUCAUUAAAUGCUCGAUACUGUCCCUACUCUACCGCAUAUUCCAUGUCCCUCGACUCAAAAUAUACGCCGCGACGAUUGGUGUGUCAGUCAUAUCUUGGGGAAUAACGACACUAGUGGUGAUAAUAUUCAAUUGCAAUCCCAUCAAUGCCUAUUGGGACACCCAGAUUACGAACAAAGCCUGCGUUAAUACCUUGCAUUACUUCCUGGGCAUACAAAUACCCAACAUCAUCUUGGAUGUCGUGAUCAUGAUUCUUCCCCUGCCCUAUCUGUGGAGAUCCCACAUCACUCUAUCGUCACACAAGGCUGGACUUCUGUUCGUCUUCACCCUUGGCGGCUUCGUCAUCAUCGCGGCUACUCUUCGUUUGAACACCAUUGCCGUCCAUAAACAUUCGGUUGACUUUACCUAUGAUCUCAUUGACCUCAGCGUCUGGACCGCCCUCGAAACCAGCACCGGGGUCCUCUGCGCCUGUUUCGCCGCCAUGCAACCCCUCCUCGAUUUCGCAAUUUUUGGCAUACUUGACACCGAGCGAAGCACACCUUCCACAGCCGGCCGCGUAGCCCGUCCCAGCCCCGAGCCCGAGUCCACGGACCGCCAGAACAGAUGGUCUUUGAAACAAUGGCCCCGUCACAACACUGCUCCACCGGCUCUGGAGAACGCCGGACUGAGACCUAUCCGGGACAUGAUUCGCAGAGGGAAGCAUACGGCCUCGAGUUCCUGGGGCUUCAACCAACCUUUACCUCCCGACUUCCAGGACGAGCCGCUGCGGUCAACGCAACCGGCAGAGACUAUCCGCCACUUGCUACGGAAGGGCUACCAGACAGAAAGGAGUUCCUUCGGCGCCAACCAACCCAUACCUCCCGAUCCCACGGACGAGCCGAUGCCGAUCCGUGACGGGAGAAACGAGGAGGAGGAGGGGGAGGAGGAGGGGGAAGAGGAGGGGCACGAUACCUACGACAUCGAGCGCGCGACGGAAACGCGAACGUCACAAAAGACCAAGCCGGCCGGCGUGUCCCGCUUCAACGCCUUCAACGACGUGGACAACAUCGCGCGCGAGGAGCGCUCCCGCCGCAUGAGGAAGAAGAUGGAGAGCGCGGGCUGGCCCAUGACGGGCGAACGACGCACUUGGAUUUGA